AUGGCAAUCCUGAAUCAUUUCUCAUCAGCAUGCCUGAAGAAUCUCAGAGCCGAGCGUCUGAACCCGCAGCUGGUUUACGUUUUACGCGCCUUACACAAGUCCGCCACCAGCGAGGCUCUGGGGAUCUCCGCGACGGAGGAGGAGGCCAUGUCCAGCAGCCUGAUCAGACCGGUGGAUGUGGGCGAGAAGACGAGAGUCAAGACCCUGAAGGAGAUGCCGGGACCCAGCACCCUGUCCAACCUGGUCGAGUUCUUCUGGCGAGACGGGUUCGGCAGAAUCCACGAAAUCCAGAUGGAGCACACCAAGAAGUAUGGAAAGAUUUUUAAAUCUCACUUUGGGCCUCAGCUGGUGGUCUCCAUUGCCGGCCGUGACCUGGUGGCUCAGGUGCUGAGAUCGGAGGGCGUGGCCCCUCAGCGAGGUAACAUGGAGUCCUGGAAGGAGUACCGGGACCUCCGAGGUCGGUCCACGGGGCUCAUCUCAGCUGAGGGAGACGAGUGGCUGAAGAUGCGAAGCGUGCUCCGGCAGCUCAUCAUGCGUCCCCGUGACGUGGCCGUCUUCUCCGACGACGUGAACCAGGUUGUGGACGACUUGGUGAACAGAGUGUGUUUGCUGCGCAGUCAGCAGCCUGAUGGAAAAACCGUCCUCAACGUGAACGACCUCUUCUUCAAAUAUGCCAUGGAAGCUGUGGCUGCCAUAUUGUACGAGUGCAGACUGGGAUGUUUGGAAAAGGAGGUUCCCCAGGAAACCCAGGACUACAUCAGUGCACUGAACCUCAUGUUCAGCUCCUUCAAGACAACCAUGUACGCGGGGGCAAUUCCCAAGUGGCUCCGACCUGUCAUGCCUAAGCCCUGGGAGGAGUUCUGCAGCUCUUGGGAUGGCCUCUUCAAAUUUAGUCUCAUACAUGUUGAUAAGCGGCUCACAGACAUCAAGGCCCAGCUGGAGCGGGGAGAGGAAGUGAAGGGCGGGCUGCUCACCCACUUGCUCACUACAAAGGACAUGAGCAUGGAGGAGAUCUACGCCAAUGUGACAGAGAUGCUGCUGGCCGGAGUCGACACGACAUCAUUUACCCUGUCCUGGGCGAGCUACCUCUUGGCGCGACAUCCCCAUAUACAGCAGCAAAUCCACACUGAAGUCACCAAGACUCUGGGACCUGGAGCGAUUGCUACAGCUGAUGAUGUUCCUCGCCUGCCUCUCAUCAGAGGACUCGUCAAAGAGACUCUCAGGCUUUUUCCAGUUCUCCCGGGCAACGGACGGGUUACCCAAGAUGACUUGGUAGUCGGUGGAUACUUCAUCCCCAAAGGGACUCAGUUGGCCCUGUGUCACUACUCCACAUCCAUGGAUGAGGAGAACUUUAUCGACGCCUCAGAUUUCCGGCCCGAUCGCUGGGUACGGAAGGAUUCUUCAGGCCGUGUCGACAACUUUGGCUCGAUUCCCUUUGGCUAUGGCAUCAGAAGCUGUGUUGGCAGGAGAAUAGCAGAGCUGGAGAUGCACCUGGCUCUCACAAGGCUCAUCCAGAAGUUUCACAUUGGCGUUGCUCCCAUCACUGCUGACGUCAAGGCCAAAACCCACGGCCUGCUCUGCCCCGGUGUGCCCAUCCACCUGCACUUCACCGACAGGGAGAACUAGACGCAGGCUCCGCUCCAGAAGGUUGCAGUACGCUGAGAGUUUUUCCAAGUGCCGAUUCAUCAGUGCUUUUAGUACGCCGUCCUCUAUAUUUUAGAAACAAAGCUGAAACUGAGGUUUUACUCAGGCAAAUGUGUCACCAGUGUCUGAAAAGGACACUCAAUACUGUGCAAAUAUUGUAAACUGU